AUGUGUUCAAUUCCUGGCCUUCCGACGCCCGGAUCAGAAGUCCCCGUUCUCAUCACCCGGGUAAACCUAAACCCCAGCUGUGGUCUUGUGGAACUGUGGGUGAACUUGGACGAAGGAAGGAAGCACCUUUAUGAGACGAUGAGAGAGGAAAUUCAGAUUCCUCAGAGAAAGUUUAAUGGAACAGAAGGAAAGCCAGGUGACCUCUGUCUGGUUUGCAUCAGUGACACCUGGCACAGGGCUCGGAUCAUGUCGAUUCAAACGGAGACCUACAGUGUUUUUCUAAUCGACCAGGGAAAGCCCCACAUCGCCACGGGUGAAGCUUUAGCGUGGGGCCAGAGUGACAGUUUUCUCCUCCCUCCUGAGAUUGAAACCGGCAUACUCGCAAAUGUCCUCUCCCAAGAGAAUAACCAGACUGAAAAAGCCACCAAGUUUUUGAUGUCUCUGCCUGGCAAGAAGUUUAAGGUACUGGUUCAACAUGUGCUGAUGCCAGACAGGACUAUUCUCCUCGACAUACCGAUUGUUUCCAAGCAUCUGCAUAGGGUAGGAGCUGCGCAGAAGAUUCCAGCAGAUGAGUUUAAAAGCCUUGUACUGAAAUGUCUACACGUCCCCAAAGAAGAGUCUUCUUCUGAGGACUUCCAUACAACACCAGAACAGAAUUCAAAUGCCAGCUGCCAACUUACCGAACACGACCAAUACUUUUACCCAGAGCUGUUAUUGGACGCGUUCGAAACUGUGACUGUUACAGAAGUGACGGAUCCACUCAAUGUAUUUUGCAAGCUUCAUAUUUUUUCCAAAGCAGUGAACAUAUUGUCUGAGCAGAUCCAUCAACAUUACGAGGAGAGCUCCAGCUUUGAAAUGGCACCACCGCAGACCUGUGGGGAGCCGUGUGCUGCUAAAGGAACAAAUGGAAGAUGGCGUCGCUCAUUACUUAAACAAAACAUUGUGACCAGCGAUGGCGCUGUAGAAGUCCUGCAUGUUGAUGAAGGAAAAAGUGAAGUAAUUCCUGCUGGAGACAUCAAACCGCUGCUUGGGAAAUUCCAGAGAAUGCCAGUUGUCACGUAUCUCACUUCACUUAAUGGUAUAAAAGAUGAUGGCAGAGAGUGGACUGUAGACGAGAUUGAUUGCUUGAAAUCGCUGCUCUUGAAUCACACAGUGGUGGCGAGAUUCGACCAACACAAAACACCUCAGGAUGUCUAUUGCGUCACUCUCUAUGCAGCUAAUGCCGAAUGCUUAAACGACUGUUUUAUGGAGAAGUCGGGCCUUAUUCCACACUCUAAGCCCGAUGUGCAGAAUGGACCAGUUACUUCAACCUUUCUCAGUUCAAUUGGAGACGCAAACAAACUAAAUGGAAAUGUUGAAGAGUUAACAGAGAAAACUUGGCGGAGAACCAAAAACCAAGUGGUCAGUGGCAGAACGGAUGAUGCAUCCAACUGUGCUACUAACAAUAUUCAUGUCAAAGGAAGCUCUAAAUAUCAAAACCACAAUGGUCAUCUUUCAACUGGUGUCCCCUCUGCGGAGCACAAUGCUUGUGGUGACAAUGUGUUCACUGUCGGAAGCAUUAUUAAUGUCAAAGUAUCUUGCAUUGAAAGUCUGAAAAGGUUCUGGUGUCAAGCAACGGAAAACCAUGACUCCCUUCAACGCCUCAUGAAAGACCUCCAAAACCACUAUGCGUCUGCCCACCUUCAGCCGCUCACUGAAUCCAUCUGUGUCGCCCGUCAUCCAUACAAUAACAUGUGGUAUAGAGCAAGGAUCAUUGCAAAUCACCACUCCAGUGUUGUAGAUGUAAGAUUAAUAGACUACGGUCAAACUCAGAAGGUCCCUCUGGAAGAUGUGCGACCCAUUGAUCCAGCGUUCUUACGGCUGAAGGCACAGGCUUUCCAGUGUUGCUUAUUCAACCAAAAGGGUGUCACUUCCACUAAUGCUGCUUUAAUAGAGUUUCAGAUGUUUGUGGAUUUAGGUGCUUCAUCCAACAUUGCGUUGAAAUGCGUUGUAAAAGCUGUAACAUCGGAUGAGGAAGGCCUUCCGCUUAACAUGGUAGACAUUGAAAUGGCAUCUAAUAGUGCGUGCAAGUUCCUGGCUCAGACACGUGCAAAGUCUGAUGUAUACAGUUACUCCACACACAACAUUGAGGUGGGUGCAGAGGAAAAGGUGUGGGUUACCUCUUCAGAGAGUGCCAGUCUCUUCUACUGCCAGCUGUUCAGGAAUUCUCAUUGGUUUGACAAAGUGAUGGAAAAUGUGGCACAACUACUUGACCAGCCGCAGUGUUCAGAUCACCCUCUUGGACUCAACAGCAUUUGCCUCGCUAGGUACUCUGACAAUCAGUGGUACAGAGGUCAAAUAGUAGAAAUGUCCCCAGAGCUUAAAGUGCAUUUUGUGGACUAUGGUGAUACCCUUGCAGUCAAUGAAACCAAUAUCCGUCCCUUCCCUACUGAAGCAAGCAUGGCCAGAUAUGUUCCUGUGCAGGCAGUUCCAUUUGGACUGUUUGACAUCCCUGCAGACAUACCACCAGAAGUCAACCAGUGGUUUGCAGAUCACGCCAUAGGCAAUAGUUUCACCAUUUCAGUGGUGGCAAAAGGGGAGAAGGGGAAGUUAAUUGUUGAGCUGUCUGAAGGAUCCCUGAGUGUUAAUGAGAAAGUCCGAGAGAGGAUGGCAAAACUGAAACAACAGCAGAAUGACCAGCAGCUCUCUAAUCGCUCAGAACUGACUACUGCCCCAACAGUAGCGCAAAAGGUCACGGAAGCAUCAGAAGCAACAAAGACGGCAGACCAAAGCGGAUUGCACAACAUGUUUGCGAGAGAUGAUCUACAGAUGAGCUUAAAAUUGACACCUGAUGCCUCUACGCCAAAGAGUUUGUAUAAAGGAAGAAAACCAACCUUGGAUGCCAUUAUUGAAUACAAAGAAAGUAUAGCAGAGACCUCCAUACAAGGUUUCCAUGGUGACUCUGAAAUGACUCAAGGACUUAAAGAUGUAGUGUAUGUUUCCUCCAUUGCUGGACCACAGUACUUCUGGUGUCAGUACAGCAACACUAAAGACCUGAACACAGUGUCAAAGCUUGCUCAGGAAGCAGGACAAGCACAAGAAGAACCCACCAACACACUAAAGUUGUCAACUGUAACCAGUUACAUAAAAUUAAACCAUUUACCUGAAAUNGAGUCUGAAGUCAGCACGGAAAAUGUCAGAUCACUGCCUCAGAGUCUGCUGGAGGUCGCUCCUCAGGCCUUUUUGUGCCGUUUGAAUGGAUUCGAGGAGUCUAAGGGCUCCUGGGAUGAUGAAGUUUAUGAUGACUUCUACAAUCUUCUGAUUGAUAAACCACUCAAAGUGACGAUCUUUAAUGUAGAAACCCACUCAGAGAUCAGAGUUCCUCAGUAUGCAGUGGAAAUUGAAUGCGACAAAGUGGUCAUCAGUACCUUAAUGCAGAAAUACUGGAAUCCAUUUUCUACAAAACAGUCAAAGAAUGAGACGACUCAAAAAGAAACCCAAGAUGUCUACACUGAGGCCAGUGUAACUCACAUUGAUGUUUCCAAAGGAAAUGUAAGCACUUAUAUGUACAAAAAACCAAGCAUUACUCAAAAUAAGACAGAGCUGGUAUACGCCUCUUGUAUUGUGGAACCACAUUUCUUCUGGUGUCAAUAUGCUGACAGCGAAGAUCUCUGCAAAGUGUCUCAGCUUGCUCAGGAGGCAGGACAGUCUGAUCAGGACGUGAUGUUAUCUGAGAGUCUUGGUCCUGGCAGCCCAUGUCUCGCUCUGUUCUCCAGUGACAACCAGUGGUACAGGGCUCAAGUGAUUUGGAAAGUUGACAGUACACUCCAUGUUGUGUUUAUUGACUAUGGAAAUGAGUCUGAAGUUGACAUAAAAGAUGUCAGAUCACUGCCUCAGAGUCUGCUGGAGGUCGCUCCUCAGGCCUUUUUGUGCCAAUUGAAUGGAUUCAAUACGUCACAGGGUUCCUGGGAUGAAGAAGUGUCUGAUGACUUCUACAAUCUUCUGGUUGAUAAACCACUCAAAGUGAUGGUGCUAAAUGUGGAGGACCAUUCAGAGAUUGCUGUUCCUCAUCAUGCGAUUGAAAUUGAAUCUGAGGGUGUGGUUGUAAAUGCAGCAAUGCAGAAAUAUUGGAAACCUGUUAUCGAAGAAUGUCUCAUGACAGAGAGUCCUCAAGGAGAAAACUUACUCCAAGGUGGUCAAACUGAGUCCAGCAUGACACAAGGAAAUGUGAGUACUUGGGGGUACAAAGAGCCUAAUAUUUCCAUAAAUAAGACGGAGACGGUUUAUGCCUCUUGCAUUGUGGAACCACAUUUCUUCUGGUGUCAGUACACCAACACCGAAGAUCUUUGCAAAGUGUCUCAGCUUGCCCAGGAGACAGCAGGUGGCAGCAUCACCGUUCACAGGUUCACAUCAGGACAUGGAUCCAUGUUGUGUUGA